AUGGGAAGGAUUAAAGGAUCUCUAAAACAACCUGUGGAGACGAUGGGAAGCAGUAGUUUAGACAGGGACAAUGGUGCAAGGAAUGGAACGGAUCGACCUGACAGCAAACAGCUCAGGGAAGUUUUAUGGGGUGUGAAUGUGAUGAAAAUGAUUGGUGCCCCAAAUGUGGUAGAUUUCUUUCCAGUGCUGAAAGUGAUUGAUGUCAGUCAACCCAAUGAAGCUGACUGGCAUAGCAAGGACAUGAAAUAUUUGUUUCUGGGUUUAUUUGUUGUAGGAACUGAUACAAUUGCAGAGUUGCUGCGCAAUCUUGAAAUGAUGCGAAAAGCUACAUCCGAUAUCAGGGAAGUUAUUGGAUUGGGAAAAUUUGUUCAAGAAUCAGACAUUUCAAGGGUUCCUUACUUGGACAAAAGCUUGUGGCCAAAUCCUCACUCAUUUCUACUAGCAAGAUUCUUGGAUAGUGAGAUUGAUGUAAAAGGCCAACAUUUUGAGCUCCUUGCAUUCGGUACCGAGAGAAGAAUUUGCUUGGAACUGCCACUGGCUCAUCGAAUGGUGCAUCUCAUGUUGGCUUCUUUGCUUCAUAACUUUGAUUGGAAGCUUGAAGACGGGGAUAAAUCCAGAAAACAUGGACAUGUGUGA